AAAUAAAAAGAGAAAAUGAGAUAUGCAUUUCUCAAAUCAAAAUUAAAUACUAAAAUACAAGACAGAAAUAAAUACAAAUGCAUUCUUAUCUUAACUCUCACUCAACCCUCAUUCCUCGUCUCUCUCUUUCUUUUUAUCCUUUGGUUCCCUUUUACAUAUCUCACCUUGCUCUUCCACAAGAUUAGAAUCCAUGAUCGUGCAGGAGAGUCAAAGAUGGAGGAUUGCAACAGAGGCCAAGACUAUUUCUCUGCCCAAGACCAUGAGGCAACAUCUGCCAAAUAUGGAGGACUUGCGCCAAAGAAGAAGCCUUUGAUUUCAAAGGAUCAUGAACGUGCCUUCUUUGAUUCAGCAGAUUGGGCACUAUGCAAGCAAGGUGCAGGGGUGAAUCCCAAAUCAACAGCAGCAGUGGAGACCUUACGACCAAAACUCCAGAGAACACCACACCAGCAGCUACCCCCAAGACGACCUGCUUGUACAUCUGGUCAUGAAUGAUAUACAGCCUCCCGGAGCAUGGAUUCGUCGAGGGCUCAAAGUAGUUUGUUGUUUGAGAGGAUUAAUGUUGAUUACCAAGCUAUAUAUAUAAUUAAGCAUUGAAAUUGGCUGAAUGUAAUAAUUGUCACGUAGCUUUUAUAAUAAGAGCACGUAGUUCUUCUCUCUAAA